CAUUAUUAAUGAGGAUUUAGUAUUUCUUUAGUUAUGUGAAGUAGUGCGUUAGUGAAUGAAUCCAAUUAUUACUUUUAUUUUCAGAUAUCAAGUUAUUAAUUAUUAUUAAUAAUCCUAUAUUUUGUUAUGUAAGUUAUUAGGACAUAUUUUGAUUAAUCUUAGUACCUCAAAUUGAAAGAGAUUUUUUUAUUCCACAUCGAAAGAGAUUUAUUUUAAAUAUUACAAUGAAGUUUUUAUAUUAUAAUUUUAGAAUACUAAAUGUAAAAAAAAAUACUAUAUGUUAUAAUAUAGCAAUGCCUAGCUAUUAAUUUUAAACGAUGCAUUAUACAUAAAAUAAAUUGAUAAAAAAUAAUUUUAUUUUAAUUUAUAUAUAUAUAUUAUUUUAAAAUUAUUACAAAUUGGGCCCCCCUGAAACAAAAUCUUGGCUACGUCACUGUUUCUCUAUAUGGGUAUAUUUCAAGAGGACGAAACCAUAAAUCCUAAGGAUCUAUUUAGGAUGUGGAUAGCACAAGGGAUGAUUUCAUAUGAGAAUAUUGGAGACAAGGACAAAACUUUGAUUGAAAUCGCGAAGCUCUACCUGGGUGAGUUGGCCUCCAGAUCCAUCGUCCAAGUUGAAAUUGACGAUGCUGUCACACGUGGAAUAAUAUAUAGGAGCUGCGAACUUCAUGAUGUAGUAAGAGAACUAUGUUUGAAAUUGGGGAGAAGUGAGGAUUUUGGUGUGCAGUGUUUGGAGUAUCAAAGUGGGAAACUACGGCAAGCUUCCUCGCAUAGGAAAAUACGGCAUUUGACUAUACAUUUCAGGAAAGAAGUUCAAGUGAAACAUGACGAGCUUACAGUCACUUGGGGAGAAGAUAGUAGCGAACAUUUAAGAUCUCUUCAAAUGUUCAAUCACAUAAAUUCGGGUGUUGUUGAGUUUCCUCCGCAAAGUAUCAUUGAUUUUCAAAAAUUCAAAAUGUUGAGAGAUCUUGUUAUGGUGGGAUUCAAAUUUACAGGAAGAAAGUUACCGAAAGGAAUCACUAAUCUUGUUCACCUUAGACGUUUGUAUUUAAAAAGAUGUGAAUUUGAUAAGCUACCAUCGUCCAUAAGGAGUUUGGUAUACAUGGAUACCCUUGAUUUAACUGAUUCGAUGAAUGUUGAAGUUCCAAAUGUUUUUAAAGAGAUGGUACGUUUAAAGCACUUGUUUCUUCCGGAAUAUGAGGAGGAAAAUAUUGGUAGUUAUCGAUUAACAUUGGACGAGGGAGUGGUUGAGUUGGAGACCCUAUGGCUGUUGGAUAGUAGAGUGCAUGAAUUAAAAUGUAUGAACAGAAUGAAGAAUCUCCAAUAUUUUUCAACAAGCAUACACGACAAUGAAAGCUUGUCAGCUAUCAUGAAUGCCAUUGCUACCAACUGGAACAAGUUAGUGUAUUGUAGGGUUGAAAUCAAAGAGGGUUGCGAGUUAGGAACAAAUGAGGGAGUGUUGAACAAGGCAUUCACAUGUCCCAAUCUUCAUUCCUUGUGGAUUGUAGUUAAGUUAGGCAAGACGCUGGCAGAGUGCGGGCGUGACUUCAUCAGCUCUAAACUAAGGAAUUUGGUGCUGUCAGAAUGUGAGAUUGAGGAUGAUCCAAUGGGGAUACUGGAGAAGCUUCCUUGCUUGAGAGAUUUGUAUUUAUUGAGGAAAUCAUUUGUGGGGGAGAAGAUGACGUGUCCAUCAAACAGUUUUCCUCGCCUCAAGAGGCUUCAUCUAUUGCAAUUACCGAACCUGAGAGAGUGGAGAGUGGAGGCAGGAGCCAUGCCCAUUCUCUCGGAAUUAUGGAUCGAUGAGUGUUCUAGUCUGAAGAUGCUUCCAGAGGGAUUGAGUGGCAUUUCUACUCUUCGGGAACUGCAUAUCUAUGGAGAAUUGGGAAAGAGGGUAUCAGCAUCAGGAGAGGAUUUCCACAAAGUCUGCCAUGUCCCUUCAAUUAUCAUCUGAAACUACAAACCAGUCUAGUCUCCACCCGGGGUACUUUUGCACCCCGGCCCCAUUCGAGCUACAGUCUUGUUGUUUCAUGUCUCAAGUGUUUCUCUUUAAUUAUUUGCAUUCUUUUCUCUGCGUCCUUAUUUCGCUUUUAUCGCGUUUAAAAAAAAUAAAUGUGUAUAUUUCUUUUGUACAUGGCUCCAAGCCUGACAUGGCCAUAUUCCAUUCCUCGUAAGAUUCUUGACAAUUUAUUCUAGACUUCUUAGUUCCAUAUGGAGUUAUUUUGGUAAGAUUCAGUCCA